AUGCCUGGCGUACUUUCUCGUCUGGCAGCCCCGGCGGCUCUUCUUUGCGCGUUCAACCUACCUUUUACCUACGCAGAUCAAACAACGAAAUUCACAACUGAUCUUCAAUCCGAGAUUUGGAAUGGCUGGGGUGUAUCUCUGGCCUGGUGGGCUAAUAUAUUUGGAGACCGAGAAGACUUGGCAGAUAUUGUUUUCACCAGAGAUUCGACCUAUUGGAGCCCGAACGGCACGACUCUUCCUGGUCUGGGGUUGAACAUCUUAAGAUACAACGCAGGUGCUUGCUCGUGGAAUACAAUCAAUGGCACUGUCAAGAUGGUCCCUUCGGCAAAUAUCCCCGCUGCGAAACAAAUGGAGGGGUACUGGUUGGAUGGAUUAAGCACCGAUCCUAGUUCCUCUAGCUGGAACUGGACUGUGGAUGCUAACCAACGCACCAUGAUGCUUAAUGCACAGACAAGAGGCGCCGAUACCUUUGAACUCUUUUCCAACUCGCCAAUGUGGUGGCAACUCAGCAAUUUGAAUCCUAGUGGUGCUUCUGGUGGUGGAAGUAAUCUGCCAGCAUCGCAGUAUCAGAAUCAUGCUAUUUACCUUUCUGCGAUUGCGAAAUAUUCUCAGGAUAAUUGGGGUCUUACUUUCACUUCUAUUGAAGCAUUUAAUGAGCCUGCCUCAUCCUGGUGGGUAUCUACGGGAACUCAGGAAGGUUGCCAUUUCGACGCUUCUUCCCAGGCGUCUCUUAUCCCCAUUCUCCACCAGGAGAUGCAGUCUCGUGGUCUGGAUCAAACAAUUAUCGCUGCGUCAGACGAGAACUCAUUUGAGCUUGCAUUGGAUGGCUGGGACACUAUCACCGAGGCAACUGAGAAAUCAUACGUCGGACGAGUAAACACACACGGCUAUCAAGCCCUCUCUGGUCCUCGAUCCGAUCUUCGCGCAGCGGCUACCGAGGCAGGACAAUUGCUCUGGGACAGUGAAUACGGUGAUAGCGAUGGCACCGGUGCUACAAUGGUACGAGUCAUCAUGGCCGAUCUCACAACGCUGCAGCCUAAUGCCUGGGUAUACUGGCAGAUCAUCGAUGGCGGUGGUUGGGGCCUCAUAGAUGGCGACAUUUCAUCGAACACUCUCGAUGGUGCCACAACAAAAUACUAUAUGCUGGCACAAUUUAGUCGACAUAUUCGUUCAGGAAUGCGUAUUCUUAACGGCACCUCAAGCAAUGUUGUCUCGGCUAUCGAUGAGGAAAGUGGAACGCUUGUGAUUGUUGCGGCAAACUGGGAUGACGAGCAGGAAUUUAACUUUGAUUUGACGGCAUUUUCUAAGGUUCCGGCUGAUGGAACCAAAGUUAGUAGUUGGUUAACUGAUACUGCUGGUGACAAGCUUUAUGCUACUGGUGAUAGUGUCACCAUUGAAAAGGGGAUUAUCUCGCUCUCAAUUGCGAAGGAUACUGUUCAAACAUUCGAGAUAUCUGGCGUGACGGUUUAG